AUGAUUGUGCUGUUUUACAUCAAGAACGAGUCAAAGAGAUACCAGACCUUUGUAGCCAAUAGGGUGGCUAAAAUUCAUAAGAGUACUGUGUCCACUCAAUGGAGGCAUGUACCCACUGAUCAGAAUCCCGCUGAUGAUGUAUCCAGGGGUAUGACAGCUGAGGAGUUGAUUACCAGCGACAGGUGGGUGCAGGGACCAGAGUUCCUCAAGAAGCCAGAAGCCGACUGGCCAAAACAACCCGACAUAAUUGAAGAGAGCCAGGCCAAAGGGAUGGAAGAGGUCAAAGCUGAGGUGAAGGUCUACCAUGCUUCCAGAGAGAACCCUAACGAUCCUAUCGGCAGGAUGGUAAAACACUAUUCCUGCUGGUACAGGCUAAAGAAAGGAGUGGCGUGGAUGCGUUUGAAGAAGCUGCUACGCAAGAGACUCAAGGACAAAGAUGAUCAGGCAACCCCAGCCUCUCCCCGUGAUAGCCUCACGGUGAGUGAAUUGCGAGAAACCGAGCGGGAGGUCCUGAAAUUCGUGCAAAGAGAAGCAUUUGACGAUGUCCAGUCAAAGCGCAGUGUACUGAGGAAGCUGAAUCCCAUAUUGGAUGCAAAUGGUGGUGAGUGGUCGCCUCAGAAACUCUAA